AUGUACCUAUACAACUCCACCAGGACUAACUGUACCUAUACAAUAUCCACCAGGACUAUCUAUACCUAUCAAUAUCCACCAGGACUAUAUGUACCUAUCAAUACCCACCAGACUAUCUAUACCUAUACAAUAUCCACCAGACUAUCUAUACCUAUACAAUACCCCCCAGGACUAUCUUAUACCCAUACAAAAACCCCCCAGGACUAUCAGUACCUAUACUUACCCACAGAACUAUCUGUACAUAUACAAUAUCCACCAGGACUAUCUAUACCUAUACAAUAUCCACCAGGACUAUCUAUACCUAUACAAUACCCACCAGGACUAUCUGUACCUAUACAAUAUCCACCAGGACUAUCUGUACCUAUACAAUACCCUUCAGGACUAUCUAUACCUAUACAAUAUCCACCAGGACUAUCUAUACCUCUACAAUAUCCACCAGGACUAUCUAUACCUCUACAAUAUCCACCAGGACUAA